AAGUUGAGACAUUCUCUGUUGUUCAUGGUCUUUACAAUGGCUGGGUGAGAGCUAGUUUUUACUUGUAGAUAACUAAUCAAUGCUACCAAAAAUAAUAAAAAACAAAUAUUGUUUAACAUCUGUCCUGGAAAUGAGAUUUCUUCUGGUCAUCACUUGUCAGCACACUGCAGACAAUUAAUGUCUUGCUAUUAUGCAGGAGUGUCAAUCACCACCUGUAUGAAAAACAUCAUUAAAAACUACAUUUAAUAAAAUUGAAUUAAUAUUAAUAACAGAGUUAAUCAAAUAAACAAUUUAAUAAAAAAGUUAUGCUAAAAAAUAACAUAAAAUGUUUUUGUUAGGAACAGGAGAACCAUUAUGUUGGAUGGCAGCAAUGAAUCUGCGAAGGAAAAAAGUAAAACCAAAAGAGGAGGCAGCAUAUUUUACAUCUGUUUGUAAAGACAAAGACGGGUUUGAUGUAAAAUAUAUAAAUUCAGAAAAAGGCCGUGGGGUAUUCAGCUGUGUCCAUUUUGAUAAGGGAGAUUUCUUAUUUGAAUACAGAGGGGACCUGAUAAGCAAACAUGAAUCUGAAAACAGACAGAAAUUAUAUCAUGAUGCACUGAAAGUAUUCAUGUUUGAAUUCCGCUACAAUGGAAAGCUCUUUUGUGUUGAUGCUUCUCUGGAUGAUGGCUCUCUGGGGAGACUUGUAAAUGAUGAUCAUCUUAACCCAAACAGCAAAAUGAGAACAAUCACAACAGGGGGGAAACCCCAUCUGUGUUUAUUUGCAACAAGAAGCAUAAAUCCUGGAGAAGAGAUUACAUACAAUUACGGUGACUCUGAGUGGCCAUGGAGAUGCAAGAUAGUCAAUGAAAGAGACCAACUGCAUCCCCAAGAGCAGACGUCCAACACAAAAUCUGAGGCUGUUCCUGCACAAGAAGCUUCUAACAGUGUCAUAGUGCCUGCCCUGCCUCCUGUUAUAGAGAUGGAACCGAACAUUACUGAGCGAACAAAUCUGGUCACAACCAGCCCAAUCCUGGCCAAGAAGGACCAGCAACAGUCUCAGCCGCAAAAUUUACAGGCUCUAAGUAAAGGAGAAGAGAUAGUCAAUGAAAGAGACCAACUGCAUCCCCAAGAGCAGACGUCCAACACAAAAUCUGAGGCUGUUCCUGCACAAGAAGCUUCUAACAGUGUCAUAGUGCCUGCCCUGCCUCCUGUUAUAGAGAUGGAACCGAACAUUACUGAGCGAACAAAUCUGGUCACAACCAGCCCAAUCCUGGCCAAGAAGGACCAGCAACAGUCUCAGCCGCAAAAUUUACAGGCUCUAAGUAAAGGAGAAGAGAUAGUCAAUGAAAGAGACCAACUGCAUCCCCAAGAGCAGACAUCCAACACAAUAUCUGAGGACUGUCAACAUAAGAUAGUCAUUGCAACUGUUUCAAGCAUGAACAAAUGUGUCGCAUGUGAUGGACCUUUUGCAUCACUCAAAUGGAUUGGUCUAAAGUGUAAAGUCUGCUCUUGUUUCUGGCACAAAACCUGCUUUACAAAAAUGGAAAAGAAUGUCCAAGUCUCAGUGUCAUGGGUAUGUAUAUUCCGUGUUUUUUAAGAGUUGCCAUUUAUUGCCAAGUGUUACAUAGUAAUGUUCUAUUUUCUGGUAUCAGGGAGAAAGGGAUUCAAGUUCAGAUGAGGAUAAAUCAGAUGAAGAGUAUGUGCCAGAGACAGACAACUCAGACAGUGAAUCAGACAGUGCAGUGGAGUCUCCAAUAGAAUGGCCAAACAAAAUCCAAGUCAAUAAGCAAAAUGUGAAAGCUGUCCACUCCAACUUCACCAAAUCUGGCAGUUUGAAGUUAGACCAAAAAAAUAAAUGCAGUGGAAAACAGAGUGAAAAGUCGAUGGAAAGUGUUUCUCUAGACAAAGAAGCUGAUUUAUUUUGCUAUGAGGAGCAGGUUUCAGGUGUAGAAUCGCAUGGUGAAUCAGACAGUUCUACAGAAUUAGAAGAUACACUUUCAAAUAAAGAUCAGAUUGAGCUUCUUUCUAAUUGCAAACUGUCCUCAGAAGCUGCAGCUUCAGGCAGGAGACCAAACAGCUUGGGUUUAAGGUUAAUAACUACAACAGAACCAGUGGACACUCACAAGAGUGAGUGUGAAGAUUUUCCAGAUGCAUCACUGACAGGACAAGGGGGUUCAACAGCUGUUGCUGAUUGUCUUCAGUCAUCUGAAAUUUCUUGUUCUGAAAACAAGAAGAACUACUGUUACAUUUGUGGAAAACCACAGUCAAAAAUUGCUCGUCACUUGAAGACCCACAUGGCAGAAGUUGAAGUUGCAAAGGCUUUGUCAUUUCCAAAGCAUUCAAAAGAACGUAAAACAUUACUGGAAAAAAUUAGGAACAAGGGAAACUAUCAGCAUAAUUCAAAUGUUUUACAGAAAGGAAGUGGCUCGCUCAAAGUAAAAAGAAGACCAAACAGAGCCUGUGACUCGAAACAAUUUGUGCACUGCAUGCAUUGCAAAGGGAUGUUUGUGCGCAAAGACCUAUGGAGGCAUGUAAAACGAUGUUCUUCAAAGCCUGGAACUGUAAACGCAGAGAAAGGAAGAACCAGGGUUCUGGGUCUGGCUACUCUGGCAGAGUCUACAGUUUCACAACAAAUAUCCCAAGGGGUUUGGAAGCUUUUAAGUGCAAUGAAGCAAGAUGUGAUUGCAUCUGUUGUGCGCAAUGACUUUUGCAUUCUGCAGCUAGCACAGUCUUUCUUCAACAAACAUGGGAAUGACCCAACCAAAUUUGAGUACAUUAGGCAGAAACUCCGUGAAAUUGGAAGGUUUUUGCUGACUUUGCGCAGCGAGUCUUCUGUCUACAGCCUAGAAGAGGCUGUAAAACCUGCCAAUUUUUCAAAAGUUAUUGAAGCAGUUAAGAAGGUGUCAGGCUAUGAUGAAGAAAUGAACUGCUACCAAACACCAAGUCUAGCUCUGAAACUGGGGCACACAUUGCAGAAGGUCUGUGAGAUCAUUCACUGUAGGGCCCUUAUGGCAGAAGAUGAAGAGUUGAUCAAGUCAACGGAGACAUUUAAAAAACUUUAUACCACUAAAUGGUCAGAGCUUGUUUCACACAGGGCUUUAGGGACACUGAGUGAAGCAAGAUUCAACAAGCCAUCAACACUGCCUUUCACCCAAGAUGUUCAGCUUCUUCAUAAACAUCUGGAGACAGCUGCAGAUGCAGCAUCUGAAAAUCUGAGGAAGACACCCUCACCGCAAAGCUAUGCUGAGCUUGCCAAAUCUACACUUGCAAGGAUCAUUGUUUUUAACCGGAGACGUGCUGGAGAGGUCUCAAAAAUGCAUCUUAAAUGCUUUCAAGACAGGGAUAAGACUCUUCUGCAUGAAGAUGUUGCAUUUGGCCUUUCCAAUUUCGAAAAGAAACUUUGCAGUCAUUUCUGCAGAGUUGAGAUCAAAGGUAAAAGAGGCAGAAAGGUCGCUGUCCUUCUCACACCAAGCAUGGUUGAUGCUCUGACACUUUUGGUCAGCUCAAGACUACAAUGUGGAAUUCCAGAUGCAAACAACUUCUUGUUCGCCAGACCCAGCUGUCAAAGUUAUUACAGAGGCCAGGACUGUCUGAGGAUUUAUGCAGUUCAGUGUGGUGCACAAAAUCCGGAACAUCUCCGAUCAACACACUUGCGGAAACAUGUGGCUACUCUCUCACAAGUCCUCAAUCUGAAAAACAAUGAAUUGGAUCAAGUUGCAGACUUCUUGGGACAUGACAUUCGUGUACACCGGGAGUACUAUAGACUCCCCGAAGCAACAACUCAGCUGGCUAAGAUAUCAAAACUCCUGCUGGCUAUGGAAAAAGGAUGUCUUCCCGAUCUGCAGGGCAAAUCACUUGAUGACAUUGAGAUUGAAGGUAUGCAUUUACAAGUGCAUUUUGGCAGUACCUUAAGGUGGGGCACAUUUAAAUGUUUUCUAGUAAGCUUGGUAGUAGAGAAUGGCAGUGGGACCAAACCUUUCUUUCCUAUAAAUAACACUUUCAAUCAAAAGAAAAAAUCAAAAAUUAGUUUGAAUAAAACUGUUCCAUUUGUUAGACUUAAAUACAAUUUGGGAAUGCAGUGUUUUGAUCUAGCGGCAUAACAUUUAGCUUUGUUUGUUACAAAUGAUGUCCUUUUAAAAGGCUAAAGUUUUUUACCUAUUCAAUUAAACUUGCUUUUAUUUCUAAGAUGAGAUUAACCCAACUGAUGACAGCGAUGGCAGUGAACCUGAUAAUGAUGCUGCAGAUGAUGCCAUGAGUGCCCCAAGACAGACUGAGACACAGAAGACCCAGCCAGAUGCAAGCAGCAUUGCUGAGAUACAGAAGACCCAGACGGAUUCAAACAGUGCUGCUGGAGGGUCUAAUGCAAGUGCUAAAAACCCCAGGAAGAGGACAAGAACGCUGUGGUCAAAGCAAGAGGUGAUGGCUGUGAUGAAGCAUUUCAAGCCUCACAUAACCAAGGGAAAUCUGGCAACCAUGGCAGAAUGUCAGCAGUGCAAGGAUGCUGAAGACCCUGUGCUUGCCGGUCGAACAGCACAAAAUAUAAGAGAUUUCGUUAGAAAUCGAGGAAUCACCAAUAAAAGAAAAAUGCAGUCAAGCUAAAUAUAUUUUGUU